GUUAUUCAUUGUAAAUGACUGUUCUACAUUUUUUCUCUCGACCAUGUGAAAUUUGGGGGUCAGUUUCACAAUUAUGUAUAUUCCUAACUGGUUGCAUUCUUUAGAUUUACCAAAGAUGGUUACUCAAACCUUUACGAGCACCAGAUUACAUUAUUGCAUUUCCUGUUGUUAGGCCUCUUAACGAUUAAAGUACAUCCCCUUCUGACUACAUUUGUGGAAAAGAACAGUGGAGAAACUUUGUGGUUUUCCAUUUCCCCAAGCUACAGAUCUGAAAAUGUAUGUUGGUUUGUUCUGUCACACGCUGGGUUUACACAGGCAGCCCAAUUCUGAUCUUUUUUUCACUAAUUGGUAUUUUGGCCAAUCAGAUCUGAAAAAUAUGUGAUCGGUCAAAACAAUUGGGCUGCUUGUGUAAACGCAGCCUUAGUUCCUCUAAUCACCAUCACUGUCAGUGACAGUUAGGUUCAGGAAAUAACAAAAAUGGGCACAGGCUGCUAAAGGUAGAUGUUCCAGAGUCUGUCUGAGCCAAGCAGCAAUUGACAGUCUGUGUGUAGGCUAGAUCAACAGGAAGGACAGUACGGUCAUUGAAGUUCAAGUGAAACCCAGGUGUAAAGGAGCUUUCCAGUUGUCAUUUUGAUGUGUUCACCGCUGAACUCUGUCACAGUGGUUUGACCUUCUUCUUGUUCCUGCUACUAAGAACUGCCUUCACACACAAAGACAAAACCACCUGUGUCAACGACACUCUGCCAGAAUGACAGAUGCUCAGAACUACUCCAUGCCCACAGAGUCUCAGGAUGCCCUGAACUCUAACCUGCCACCCCCUUACCCCCAUGGGGAAACUCAAGUGGACCCCAUGCCACCAUACUACAUGCCACCCUCCUACUCUGCAGCUCCAGCCAUGUAUCCUCCAUCCCCCUACCCCCCAGUCCUGUACCCACCACAGGCAGGGGUAGACAUGGGAACUCUCCCCCCUGGAGAGUGUAACCCUUUGGGAGAGCCAGGAUCGUCUUCACCAGAGGCAGACGCCGCCCUAUUGGUGUCAUCUUUUGAUGACAAGACCAUAAGGAAGGCGUUUAUCAGAAAGGUGUUCAGUGUCGUGACCCUGCAGUUGCUGGUGACCUUCAGCAUCGUGUGUGUGUUCACGUUCUCCAGUGUGGUGAGGGCGGCGGUGCAGAGCAACAUCUGGAUCUACCUCAGCUCAUACAUCCUGUUUGCUGUGGUGGCCAUCUCCCUUAGCUUCUCCAAUUCCUUCAGCAGAAGCCAUCCCUGGAACCUGGUGGGACUGUCAGUGGUCACUCUCACCCUAUCAUACUUGGUUGGCACUGUGGCCUCAUUUCACAAUACCACUGCUGUAGUCAUCGCCAUGGGAGCAACAGUGGCGAUCUCCUUCACCAUCAUCAUCUUCUCAGCCCAGACUCGAGUGGACUUCACAAUUUGUAAUGGCAUCCUGCUGGUGCUGGCAGUGGACCUUCUCAUGUUUAGCUUCUUCUGCUGUUUCUUCUACUCCAAUGUGCUGCAGAUAGUCUACGGAUCUCUGGGAGCCCUGCUCUUCUCACUGUUCUUGGCGAUUGACUGCCAGCUGGUGAUGGGCAGGCAGAAGUACGCUCUAGAUCCAGAGGAGUAUGUGUUUGCUGCCCUGAUCCUGUACCUGGACAUCAUUAACAUCUUCCUCUAUCUGCUCAUCAUAAUGGGAGGCUCCAGCAAAUAGUCAACACCUGGCAGAAACCUACAAUGACACACAUAUGUAGCUAUAGUCCGUAGCACUCCAAACUAGAGCUGGGCGAUAUUGACAAAAAUCCAUAUUGCGAUAAAUUGCAUGAAUUGAUGUGAUAACGAUAAAUAGAAUGAUACGUUUAUAACAAUGUGCGCCAUUCUUUUUUGUAUCCUUUAAAACUACUACUACUAGUUUGAUGGUUGUAGUCAUCAAUUGUCCCAUUAACAAUCAUCCAUAUUAGCAAACUUAUUUAAUUUCAAACAUCACAUUUCUUGAGCCUUUGGGUCCAGGCUUGUAGGGGGCCCAAGAGGCACAAAAAAAAGGAAAUACAUACAGUAUAUAUUGGUAAAAUAUACGUAUUUUUUACUACAACCACCAAACACAGGAGGACUCAGGAGCCCGCUCUCAAUGAAUAUAGACAUCCUUCUGCCACUCUGCUAAUCAUCAGAUGGGGGAAGAGAGGAAGAAGGGGGAGUGAGAGUGAGAGUGAAUAACAAAAUCAAAGGAGGCCCCCAGGAGGUCAGGGCCCCUGGGCAUGUGCCCUGCAUGCAGCCAUGGUUAUUACAGGAUUAGAUAGUCUAGCCAGCUAACUUGUCUAAAAAGUGUUAGCUGACAUGGCUUAUUGAAUGACUGUCAGUAAACAGGUUUCCGUCCAAUAUUUUUUUGCAAGAAAAAUACAUGUCACAUAAAACAUUUUAUGACAGGCCUGAUGGAAACAGCAAAUUUGUUGGUAAACUUUCCAAAUGUUGACUAAUCUAAAUAUGCUAGACAAGGUGGGAUCUUUUUGUGUCGGUAAAAUUAAUAAUGCGCGAAAUGGCAGUGGAAACUCUUUUAAGCACAAAUAUAAUAGCCAUCAUAUCGAUGUAGACUUGAAGUCAUGCGAUGACAUGUUGUGUUAUUCUCCCACUACGACUUGGGAAACCAUGCAGUUUAUUAGGCAACAAGUGAAAUAAAUUCUGAUGAACUUUACAGGGUGGUGAAAGUGCAAGGUGAUGAGCUUUAUGCUCCUUUUCAAUAAAUACAAUGGUUCUUAUUCUAGUGACAUGAUGACAGAUGCUUAGCUGCCGUUUGACAAAUAAAAUAAUCUUGCUCUUUAGUCCAUAUUAAUAACAUCAUGUAGGCUACACACACAUUGUAUAUACAGUGCAUUCGGAAAGUAUUCAGACCCCUUCGCUUUUUCAACAUUGUUACGUUACAGCCUUAUUCUAAAAUUGAUACAUUUAAUUUUUCCCUCAUCAAUCUACACACAAUACCCCAUGAUGACAAAGAGAAAACAGUAUUUUGUUUGUGCAAAUUAAAAAAAAAAAAAAAACAGAUACCUUAUUUACGUAAGUAUUCAGACCCUUUGCUAUGAGACUUGAAAUUGAGUUCGGGUGCAUCCUGUUUCCAUUGAUCAUCCUUGAGAUGUUUCUACAACUUGGGAGUCCACCUGUGGUAAAUUCAAUUGAUUGGACAUGAUUUGGAAAGGCACACACAUGUCUAUAUAAGGUCCCAGAGUUGAAAUUGUAUGUCAGUGCAAAAACCAAGCCAUGAGGUGGAAGGAAUUGUUGGUAAAUCUCCGAGACAGGAUUGUGUCGAGGCACAGAUCUGGGGAAGAGUACCAAAAAGUGUCUGCAGCAUUGAAGGUCCCCACGAACACUGUGGCCUCCAUCAUUCUUAAAUGGAAGAAGUUUGGAACGAAACUGAGCAUUUGGGGGAGAAGGGCCUUGGUCAGGGAGGUGACCAAUAACCUGAUGGUCACUCUGACAGAGCUCUAGAGUUCGUCUGUGGAGAUGGGAGAACCUUCCAGAAGGACAACCAUCUGUGCAACACUCCACCAAUCAGGCCUUUGUGGUAGAGUGGCCAGACGGAAGCCACUCCUCAGUAAAAGGCACAAUACAGCCCGCUUGGAGUUUGCCAAUAGGCACCCAAAGAUUCUCUGGUCUGAUGAAACCAAGAUUGAACUCUUUGGCCUGAAUGCCGAGCUUCACGUCUGGAAGAAACCUGGCACCAUCCCUGCAAUGAAGCCUGGUGGUGGCAGCAUCAUGCUUUGGGGAUGCUUUUCAGUGGUAGGGACUGGGAGACUAGUCAGGAUCAAAGGAAAGAUGAACGGAGCAAGGUACAGAGAGAUCUUUGAUGAAAACCUGCUCCAGAACACACAGGACCUCAGACUGGGGCGACGGUUCACGACAUUAAGCACACAGCCAAGACAACGCAGGAGUGGCUUCGGGACAAGUUCCUGAAUGUCCUUGAGUGGCCCAGCCAAAGCCCCGAACUUGAACCCGAUCAAACAUCUCUGGAGAGACCUGAAAAUAGCUGUCCAGCGACGCUUCCAACCCAACCCGACAGAGCUUGAGAGGAUCUGCAGAAAAGAAUGUGAGUCACUCCCCAAAUAUAGGUGUACCAAGCUUGUAGCGUCAUACCCAGGAAGACUCGAGGCUAUAAUCACUGUCAAAGUUUCUUCAACAAAGUACUGAGUAAAGUGUAUGAAUACUUAUGUAAAUGUGAUAUCAGUUUUUUUUUUAUACAUUUGCAAACAUGUCUAAAAACCUGUUUUUGCUUCGUCAUUAUGGGGUAUUGUUUGUAGAUUGAUGAGAUUUUUAUUUUAUUUAAUCCAUUUUAAAAUAAGGCUGUAACAACAAAAUGUGGGAAAAAAAUCAAGGUUCCCAAGGCACUGUAUAUACCUUGUUUGUAUUCAUUUGUAUUUAUUAGGGAUCCCCAUAUUCCUGGGGUCCAAACACACCAAAGCACCCACAUUUCAUAUAAAACAAAAGAUAAAACAGUGAACUGUUUGUACUGAAUGAGCUAAAGAUAAAACAGUGCAUCAUACAACAUCCCUACCCCACCACACAUCCACAACACAAAAUGUUCAAUACCACCAUACAGCAAUAUCCUAAUGUGUGAGUAUGCAUGUGUCUGUACCUUUAUGUGUCUCGUCACAGUCCCCGUUGUUCCAUAAGGUGUAUUUUUACCUGCUUUUUAAAUCUGAUUGCUUGCAUCAGUUACCUGAUGUGGAAUAGAGUUCCAUGUAGUCAUGGCUCUAUGUAGUACUGUGCGCCUCCCAUAGUCUGUUCUGGACUUGAGGACUGUGAAGAGACCUCUGGUGGCAUGUCUUGUGGGGUAUACAUGGGUGUCCGAGCUGUGUGCUAUUAUUUUAAACAGACAGCUCGGUACCUUCAGCUUAUCAACACCUCUUACAAAAACAAGUAAUGAUGAAGUCAAUCUCCACUUUGAGCCAUGAGAGAUUGACAUGCAUGUCAUUAAUGUUAGCUCUGUGUACAUUUAAUGGCCAGCCGUGCUGCCCUGUUCUGAGCCAAUUGCAAUUUUCCCAAGUCCCUCUUUGUUGUACCUGACCACACUACUGAACAGUAGUCCCAGGUGUGACAAAAUUAGGGCCUGUAGGACCUAUCUUGUUGAUAGUGUUGUUAAGGAGGCAGAGCGGCACUUUAUUAUGGAAGGACUUCUCCCCAUCUUAGCUACUGUUGUAUCAAUAUGUUUUGACCAUGAUAGUUUACAAUCCAGGGUUACUCCAAUGUUAUUAGCCAACCUUCUCUUUCUCUCUCUAUUGUUGCUUCAUUCCUUCCGUGCUUUCAACAGUUAAAUUAAAUCUGUUUCGUUGUCCUUAUUUUUUAUAAUUCUAUUGACAUCCUUGAAUAACAUAGGACUAGAAUUAGAUGAUAAGGCACUGCAUCUUGAGGCGUUACUAUAGACACCCUGGUUUAAAUCCAGGCUGUAUCACAACCGGCCGUGAUUGGGAGUCCCAUAGGGCGGCCCACAAUUGACCCAGCAUCGUCCGGGUUUGGCCGGUGUAGGCCGUCAUUGUAAAUAAGAAUUUGUUCUUAAACUUGCCUAGUUAAAUAAAGGUUUAAAAAAAUGUCAAUGUGAUAUUUCUGUAUUUCAUUUUCAAUAAAUUUGCAAAAAUGUUUAA